AUGAGAAAGAGUGAAUACCAUAGAGCGAAUGAUAUAUUAUCACUGAAGAUUAAGAAAAUGCAAGAAUAUUUAGGCCUGAAGGUAACUGGCUCUUUAACUUCUGAAACUCUGGAAAUAAUGAAAAAGCCUCGAUGUGGAGUUCCUGACAUUGCUGAAUAUAAUCACUUCCCAACUGGAAAUAAAUGGGAAAAGAACAACGUAACAUACAGGAUUUUGAAAUAUACACCGGAUAUUCCAGCUGCCAAGGUGGACUUUGCGAUCGAGAAAGCUUUUAAAGUUUGGAGCGAUGUCAUUCCCUUAAAAUUCAGCAGAAUCUAUGAGGGAGAAGCUGAUAUCAUGAUCACAUUUGCAGCUCAAGAACAUGGCGAUAAUUACCCAUUUGAUGGACCUGGAAGACUCCUGGCCCAUGCUUUCCCUCCAGGCAAAGGGAUCGGAGGGGACACUCACUUUGAUGAAGAUGAAACCUGGACAAUAGGAUCAAAUGGAUAUAACCUUUUUCUUGUGGCUGCCCAUGAGUUUGGCCAUGCUUUGGGACUCGCUCACUCUCAGGAUCCUGGGGCAUUGAUGUACCCAAUGUACACAUACUCAACAAUGAAAGGGUUCCGCCUCUCCCUGGACGAUGUUCAAGGAAUCCAGGCUCUGUAUGGUUCAUCAAAUAAGAAGUAUACCCCACCAGUAAAAACCCCCGAAGCCUGUGAUCAUUACUUGUACAUUGAUGCUGCUGCUACUCUCCGUGGAGAGAUAUUAUAUUUUAAGGACGGGUUUUUAUGGAGGAACCAUCCACAACAACCUAAUUCUGAGCUGAGUUUAACAAAGACGUUCUGGCCAAAGCUUCCUGCCAAAAUUCAUGCUGCGUAUGAAAAUCAUGAAAGUGGUUUACUCAUUGUCAUUAGGGGAAUGAAAUACUGGGCCAUUAAUGGCUAUGACAUUUUGCCCGGAUAUCCAAAGUCUGUCUAUGAAUUUGGUAUUCCAAGACACAUCAGGAGAAUAGAAGCUGCUUUUCAUAUUAAGAAGACUUCAAAGACAUUAUUCUUUGCAAAGGAGCAGUAUUGGAGUUAUGAUGAAAUCAAGCAGACGAUGGAUGAAGGUUACCCACGCCGCACUGUAGAUGACUGGGCAGGAGUUCCUUCGAGGUUGAACGCAGCAUAUGAACUUAAUGUUUUAUCUUUGCCUAUUUAUCCUCACAAUGAAGAGAAUGAACUCACUCAAAGUGAUUUCUACCAUGCACAGAAAUAUAUUAAGCAAUUCUUCACAUUAGAAGACAGUUCUGAAAGCUUCAUUCAAAGUGAGGGCUCCCUUCCAAAUAAAAUUAAAGAGGUUCAGGAAUUCUAUGGAUUGCGGGUAACAGGAAAACUGGAUCUUGCAACGAUUGAAUUAAUGACAGAGCCUCGAUGUGGAGUUCCUGAUCUUGCUUCGUAUAGCCUCUAUCCUGGGAAACCUCGAUGGAAUAAAGCAUUCGUCACUUAUAGUGUGGUGAACUACAUACCUCAACUAAGCUUCUUUGAAAUAGAAUAUGCCAUAUGGAGGGCUGUGAAUAUUUGGCAAAGAGUAAUCCCACUGAAUCUUGUCAGAGUCUUCAAUACUGAAGCUGAUAUCAUGAUUUCAUUUGAAACACGUGUUCAUGGUGACAAUUUUCCAUUUGAUGGUCGUGGAGGGACUUUGGCUCAUGCAUUUUCACCUGGAAAAGGGAUUGGCGGGGAUAUACACUUUGAUCGGGAAGAAAAUUGGACAUGGAGGCGCAAUGGUGUCAACUUAUUUCAUGUUGCAACGCAUGAAUUUGGUCAUGCACUGGGUCUUGCUCAUUCCAGAUAUCGAUCUGCUGUGAUGUAUCCAACAUAUUACAAAAGAACUUCAAACAAAUUAUCUCUUUCAUUUGAUGAUAUUAGAGCAAUACAUGAUCUCUAUGUCUUUUGUUGCCUGCCAAAGGUGAGUGGACAACUGUCGAACCGUCUCACCUUGUCUUUGGGCAAGCAGAUGAAAAUGCUGCCCGGCAAACGUAGUGUUGACCUAGGGAACGAAGUGCAGGCUCUAGUUGCUGGGAGGGCACCUGUGGCGGCUGUGAGGGCUGGGUCCGCACACCUGGAGGCCCAGGUAACAGAGGGCACCUGUGGCGGCUGUGAGGGCUGGAUCCGCACACCUGGAGGCCCAGAGGGCACUGGGGCGGCUGUGAGGGCUGGGUCCGCACACCUGGAGGCCCAGGUAACAGAGGGCACUGGGGCGGCAGUGAGGGCUGGGUCCGCACACCUGGAGGCCCAGGUAACAGAGGGCACUGGGGCAGCAGUGAGGGCUGGGUCCGCACACCUGGAGGCCCAGGUAACAGAGGGCACUGGGGCGGCUGUGAGGGCUGGGUCCGCACACCUGGAGGCCCAGGUAACAGAGGGCACUGGGGCGGCCGUGAGGGCUGGGUCCGCACACCUAGGGGCCCAGGUAACUGAGGGCACUGGGGCGGCUGUGAGGGCUGGGUCCGCACACCUGGGGGCCCAGGUAACAGACGGCACUGGGGCGGCUGUGAGGGCUGGGUCCGCACACCUGGAGGCCCAGGUAACAGAGGGCACUGGGGCGGCCGUGAGGGCUGGGUCCGCACACCUGGGGGCCCAGGAAAUAUGGCACAUUCCUACUAUUAGAGCGUCAGAGAAUUUGAUCAAUAACUCAAUGGAUAAAGAUAACCGACCGCGAUGUGGUGUGACCAACCCUGCAGAUUUCAAGAUAUUACCGGGAGGUGAAAAGUUUCAAAACACUAAUCUCACUUACAGAAUUCGUCAAUACACAGUUGACUUGCCACGGAAUGCAGUGAACAAUAUUAUAGCAAGAGCUCUCAACACGUGGGCCAGCGUUACUCCUUUGAUAUUCACACCGACAGCAUCCACAGCAGACAUUGAAAUUAUUUUUACGUCUGGAGAUCAUCGCGAUGGUUCCCCUUUUGAUGGACCAGGUGGUGUUCUGGCCCAUGCUUUUGGCCCCGGAAGAGGAAUUGGAGGUGAUAUUCAUUUUGAUGAGGAGGAAAGGUGGACCACAACCUCUCAGGACUUCAACUUAUUUCUUGUUGCGGUUCAUGAAGCUGGUCAUUCACUGGGACUCGAUCACUCUGAGGACCCUAAUUCUGUGAUGGCCCCUCUCUACAAAUAUGUGAAUACUGAAGGGUAUACUUUGCCAAGAGAUGAUGUUAAUGGAAUCCAAUCAUUAUACGGUCCUCCUGUUGCUGUCACGACAUCACCCACCAAAGUUCCAGACUCCUCAUCACAGAUGCCUACUAGGCAACCAACAAAGAAUCCAGCAACCUGCGACCCAAACCUGUAUGCAGAUGCUGCUUUGAACCUACAGGGAAGAGUAACCUUCUUCAAAAAUGGGUUCACAAAGAGAUCACAAUCUUCGCGCAUAAACCGAGUUGAAAACAUCUGGCCAGGUGGCCCAUCAAAUGUUGAUGCUGCUUUUGAACUUAGAUCGAGAAAUAGGAAAACUUAUCUUUUCCAAGGAUCACAAUACUGGCGCUUUCAAGGAAACACUUUAGAUUCAGGAUACCCAAAAUCCAUCAGGAGGUUUGGUUUUCCAAGCAGUGUUCAGAAACUUGAUGCUGCCUUGUUUGUAAGUCGCAGAACGAUUGUAUUCUUCGUGGGCAAUCAACUCUGGAGGUACAGGCUUGGAGGAGGAAUGGUAGGAGGGUCUUCAGUCCCAAUAAGAACAUUCUUUAGAGCAAAUGACAAUGUGGAUGCUGCUUUAAACUAUCAAGGAGAAUAUUACCUCCUAAAAGGAUUGACUGCAUACAGAUACAGCCGGAAUUUGAUACUCAGGAAGACCAUCAGAUUGAACAACUCUAACAUCUUCAACACGGACAACUUUACCAACUACAACACGGACAACUCUAACAUCUUCAACACAGCCAACUCUAACAUCUAUAACACAGGCAACUCCAACAUCUUCAACACAGCCAACUCUAACAUCUAUAACACAGGCAACUCCAACAUCUACAACACAGACAACUCUAACAUCUUCAACACAGACAACUCUAACAUCUUCAACACAGCCAACUCUAACAUCUAUAACACAGGCAACUCCAACAUCUACAACACAGACAACUCCAACAUCUUCAACACAGACAACUCUAACAUCUUCAACACAGCCAACUCUAACAUCUAUAACACAGGCAACUCCAACAUCUACAACACAGACAACUCCAACAUCUUCAACACAGCCAACUCCAACAUCUACAACACAGACAACUCUAACAUCUUCAACACAGCCAACUCUAACAUCUAUAACACAGGCAACUCCAACAUCUUCAACACAGCCAACUCUAACAUCUUCAACACAGACAACUCUAACAUCUUCAACACAGCCAACUCUAACAUCUAUAACACAGGAGCCCUGCGUGAAACAGGCAUUAUUGAGAAGCUGCUGUCAUCAUAUGGUUUUAUCCAGUGCACUGAACGACAAGCCAGGGUAUUCUUCCAUUGCUCACAGUACAGUGGGAAUCUUCAAGAUCUGAAAGUGGGAGAUGAUGUGGAAUUCGAAGUGUCCUCUGACAGAUGGACUGGAAAACCAAUUGCUGUCAAAUUGCUGAAAAAAGAUUCGGUUCAUUCCAAGAUUGGAAAGAUGAAGUGCUUCAAGAUACACGUUCUUUUUGUGCUGGUGAAUUUUGGACGCAGUUUAACUUUACCAGUCAACUCUGAAACCGAACAAUUCAGCGAAGACGACUGGAAUCAAUGCCGGACAUACCUCAAACAGUUUUACAACAUGACCGAAUCAAAACUGAAAAAAUCCGACACUGAGAUGACGAAGAAGAUUAGGGAAAUGCAAGAAUUCUUUGGUCUGCAAGUGACUGGGAACUUGAACAACAAAACCCUGGACGUGAUGAUGAAGAGCCGCUGUGGGGUCCCAGACGUGGAGCAGUACACUUUGUUUCCUGGGCGACCUCGGUGGCCGCACAAUAGAAUCAGCUACAGAAUUCUGAACUAUACACCAGAUCUGAAGAGACGAGAGAUAGACAACGCCAUUGCCCUGGCCUUUAAAGUCUGGAGCGAUGUUACACCACUGACGUUUGUUAAGCAGACUGCUGGGGAAGCUGAUAUUAUGAUAUUGUUUGCGCGACGCAGUCACGGGGACUUUAAUCCUUUCGAUGGACGGGGUGGGAUUUUGGCUCACGCGUUUGCUCCUGGAUCAGACCUGGGUGGCGAUGCUCACUUUGAUAAGGACGAAAGGUGGACAUUGUCCAGAGAUGGAAUCAAUCUAUUCUUGGUUGCGGCUCAUGAAUUUGGACACGCACUGGGACUGGGUCACUCCAAAGAUAAAUCCGCUCUAAUGUUCCCCAACUAUUCGUAUGUCAAUACCAGAGGGUUUCGCCUCCCGGCUGACGAUGUUAGAGGAAUCCAAGCAUUAUAUGGACCUCGUACAGAUUCAAGCCCAGAAAAACUACAACCAAAACCAACCAAACCCGGGGAUAGAUGUAAUCACCCAAUGUCAUUUGAUGCCAUUGUCAGACUACGUGGUGAGCUUUGGUUCUUCAAGAAUGGAACCAUUUGGCGAAAACACCCUUGGCGCUUGAACGUGACUUCGACUCCAAUCAAGAAUCUUUUUCCCAACAUUCAAGCUGUUGAUGCUGCAUUUGAAUUAAAGGAUAGUGAUAUGGCUAUUUUCUUUGAAGGAUCAAAGUUCUGGCUAAUUAGGGGAGUCAGGACUUUGAGAAGAUUUCCUUGGAGCAUCAGACUUUUUGAGUUUCCAAGAUCUGUUACACGUGUAGAUGCUGCUGUAAACAUUAAUGAGAGAAAACGAGUAUUAUUCUUCGUGGGGCAAAAAUACUGGAGUUAUGACCUGAGGAGAAAUCAGAUGGAAAGAGGCUAUCCAAGAAGAAUAAUGGAUGACUUUCCUGGUAUAGGGAAUAAAGUCGAUUCAGCUUUUCAAAACUCUGGCUACCUCUACCUAUCAAAUGGACCAAUACAGUAUGAAUAUGACUACAUGAACAAGCAAGUCAUCCGUAUUUUGAAAACAUCCAGCUGGCUAAAUUGUGAUUAAUUAAUGAAUAUAGUGGAUUCUGGUUAAUUGGGUCAUUAGUUAAUUGGGGCAGCCCCUUAUUUGCAACAACUCUUAAAGCACAAAAACUGAAAAUUUCCUUGUUUAUUUAGGACACUAUACCACUUAACUGAGACAGGAGACUGUUGCCUAACAGGUUCAAACUAGAGUCAGUUGCGUGCUUAGAGUGAACAGUUUUUGAAUAGCAUCAGUUGCAUUUUUGUGUUCAAAAAGCAGAGAUUUUUGUCACUGAUAGUUGGCAAGCAAGAAGCCAUAAGACAAUUCAGAACUGUUUUGCUCACUGCACUUUCAAGCAUUCAGGCUUGGAGAUGCCAGAAAUGGCUGAGAGUGAAAAUGAAAUGAUUUCACUACUUCAACAAGAUAGGCACUACGAAGAAUUUGCAGGUAUCAAUAAUCAUCUGGAAUGUUACAAUGAAAAUGAUGAUUUGGAGGAUGCAAUCAUCAGUAGCAUUGUAUGAAGGCUCUAGGUGCUUGCGCUGAUUUUAUUGAUUAUGUACACUGGAUAAAUUCCUUUGUCAAUUGCUAUUAGGAAAUAAUAGAGUUUUAUAGUACUGUAGUACUAUUGAUGGUGUUCUAAUUUGUUCUGUAUUUCAUUUAAAUAUAUUAUUUGUUAAUUAGUCUGUCUUUUUAAUAUCUUUUUAACUACUUCCAUGAACUUCAGCUAAUUGGGGCUGCCAUUUAACUGGGUUGAAUGUACUUGUCUUGAUGUGCCCCAAUUAACUGAAAUCCACUGUAUUUGCAUUAAGAACCACCAAACCUAUAACUUUCAGAGUACUAUAUUAUUUGAGAUCAGGAGUCCUUUUUUGACAAAUCUCAAAAUUGAUUGUUUCAUUUUGUAAAAGAGCACAAGUUUUAAUAAUUGAGAUUUCUAGACACAUGAAAUGAUUAUACUUUCAAACUCUUAUUUUAAAAUGGCUUAAUAUCCAAUCAGUUAUUUUGUGAAAUCAAGAAUGCAUAACUUUAAAUGAUAUCAAAAUAUGGAUUGAACCUGCUUAGAAUUAUGUAACUGUAAUCUUAUUAUACCUGAGUUGUUUUUAUUAAAGAGCUUGCUUAAUAUCCUUUGA